AUGUCGUCGUCAACCAGCUUAAGCCGCACACGCUCGCUUCAAAAACCUACUUCCGGGAGCAAUGGAUCAUCACGGGGAAAUAUACCCUCAGCGCGUAACGAGGCUAGGAACACGUCGCCUAGUAGACUACCGGUGAAACCUACUACCAUGACGACUCGAUCGAUGGUGUCGAAUACUACAACCUCCUCUACUACCACUGCGCGAAGGAUAGCAAGCUCUACUAUUACGGGGAGAACUGCUUCGGGUACUUAUAGCAAGGUUCCGUCCGCACGCCCAGAUAAUGCUGGGAAUACCGCAGCGAAAGCUUCCAGGCCUCUAGCCAGAGCAUCGUCUACGCGUCAAGUUUCAUCCUCGUCAACGACAGCAGGAUCAAUCCCCUCAACCCGCUCCGCAAGUACAACCGUCAACCGACCAAGAUCAUCCGGCGGCCCGCCCCCCACAGCUUCCAACCGGUCUAUCGGGCACUCGCGAUCGAAAUCCACAGUCACGAGCCUCACGGCCGCAACAACCCUCCGUCCUGCCACUCAAUCACGGAUAUCCCAAACAUCAUCUACAUCAUCAGGCGGCCGCACGAGUCCCGCCCCAAGCGCAAUUACAACAGCAAGCUCGAAAGCCCCGACACGGCAGACACGCUCUCAGACACAUACGCGUACGAAAUCGCAAUCCCAACCCUCCACCUCCACCUCCACCUCUACCUCGCAGCAACCCGCCAGCCGCCCAGCGUUCAACACACACCAGCAACACUACAGCCCAGCCAAGUCCCUCGCGCCCAAACCCCUAACAUCCACCUUCCUCGCGCCCCCCUCGCCCUCCAAGCUCCCCGCCAACGUCGCCAUCUCCGCUGAGACCAGUCGUCUGCAGACGGAACUACUACAACUCUCGCUCCUACACCGCGACGCCACGGCCGUAGACUCCGAAUGGCGCGAUAGCGCGCGCCAGAAGCUCGGGGCACGGUUCGCGCGGUUAAACGCCGACCACGACGCCCUCAUCAAGCUCGAAAGACACGGGGUCGAGGCUCGGAAUAUCGCAGCGCUUGUGCGGUGGGGCAAAAGCAAUCGAUCAGGGCUCGGGCUGGAAGAAAAAGUACAGAUCCUAGACGAAGUCCUCAACGGCGUCUGGCAGCUCGGCGAGCCGGGCGGGCGCUACCAGCGCGUCGUAGCCGACUUCGAGGUCUGGGCCGAGCGCAUGGCUUCUAUCAUCGCAGCCCAGCGCUCGGGAGACGUCGAGGGUCUAAUCGCCGGCGACGAGGUACAGUUCCUAGGCGACUUAGACCGGACCUGGGCGCGCGACUGCGAGAGCCUGCUGCGGAAGCUCGAGGGGUGGCGGGCUGCUCUACGGGAUCUCGGCGACGUCAAUGACGACUCUAUAGCCGACUCCGGGCUAGCACGGAUGGUGUGCGGUGGCCGCACGCUCGUUGAGGAUAUGCUAGCUGAACUGGCAGUUAUGGCGCAGAUCGAGAGGGACGCAGCGAGGACAGAGAACGAAUGGAUCACGCGGAUGAACCAGGCGAUCGAGGACGAAGACGAUGAUACCCCCGCCGCGCGGGCGUACGUUCCUCUCUGGAAGCUGGCGGCGUGA